AUGGCGAUCUUCCGGCCAGGCCGGGCGAGGUCCAUCCUGCUCGCCUUCCUCGCAGUCGUCCUCGUGUGCACCGUCUACCUUUACUGGACCCCGACCACCGCAUCCUCGACCGUCUCCGUGGUUCCUAGCACCGCCUUUGAGGUCCCACUAAUCGAGCGCCAGAAAGACUUCUGGAAAGCCUUCCAACCCAUUCUCGAACGUCACAAUCCCAAUUGCCCCAGUCCAGAGAAAGUCGGCGAUGCAGGCGCCAUCCAUUUCGAUGCUGUCAACGACCAGCCGCGCCCGGACUUGACGGUCAUGAACGAGGAGGAUCAAAAGGCCAUGGAGGACGCCCAUGCGAACUUUGUCCAGGAUAUCCAAAACGCCGGCAAGGAUUUGAAACCGGCCCAUACCCCGGGCAAGCGAGGUUUGGUGUCUACGGCCGGCGCGACGUAUCUGCCCGUGUUUGUCUCGACCCUCCGCAUGCUCCGCCGCGCAGGGUCCACGUUACCGGUCGAGGUAUUCAUGAAGGAUGCGGGCGAAUACGAGAAACAUGUCUGCAAUCAGGUCCUGCCCACUCUGGACGCGCGCUGUCUCGUCCUAGGUGACGUGGUGGGCAAGGACGUGAUCGAACACUACCAACUCAAGAUCUUCGCCGUCCUCUUCUCCUCGUUCGAGGAGAUCGUUUGGAUGGAUGCAGACUGUUUCCCGCUGGGAAAGCCGGAAGAACUCCUAGACACGGAACCUUUCACGUCCACCGGCUUGGUCACCUGGCCGGACUUCUGGGCGUCCUCCGCAUCUCCGUUGUACUAUAAGAUCUCGCGACAAGAGGCGCCGCCUAUGACGGCCCGCCAAUCCUCGGAAACGGGCGCCUUCCUGGUGUCGAAGAAGACUCACUUCUUCCCGCUGAUGCUCGCUGCCUACUAUAACUUCUACGGUCCGUCUCAUUACUUCCGUCUGUUGAGUCAAGGCGGGCCCGGCGAGGGCGACAAGGAGACAUUCCUCCAAGCUGCCACGGCCCUAGGGGCCCCAUUUUACACCGUGAGUGACCGGGUGCAAGCCAUUGGCCAUCAAACCGAGGAAAAACUAUCGGGCUCGGCCAUGGCCCAGGUCGAUCCGCGAGAAGACUAUGCUCUCACAACGCAAGAUAAAUGGCGUGUCAAGGAUCCCGCCAUUGCUUCGCCGCCACAUAUCUUCUUCAUCCAUGCAAACUACCCGAAAUUCAACCCCGGCGAUAACGUCUUCGGCAUGGACUGGGAGACGGCUCCUACUCUGAAAGACGAUGGAUCGGAUGGUCGCGCUUGGACCGCCCCUCCUGAGACGAUCCGUCGAUUUGGUUAUGACGUGGAGAAGGCCUACUGGGAGGAAAUUAAAUGGGUCACCUGUCAUCUAGAGGGCUUCUUUAGAUCCUGGGAGCACAAGGCCGGCUUAUGUAUGAAGGUUGAGGACUACUGGAAGAACGUCUUUGCCGAGCCCCACGAUGAUGAUCCAAAGUUCACUCAAGAUGGUUGA